AUGCGUACAGUAAACUUCAACAAUGAGGAAUAUAGCAAAAUUAAAACUGGGCAUUUAAGCAGGGGCAUUCUUUUUGAAGAUGAAAAGUUUUCGAACAAGCAAUCGAAUUUAGAAUCGUUAGUUGGAAGCAGCUUAUCACCGCCAGAAUUCAAGCGACCCCGGGAUACUUGCGAAACUGCAGUUCUCAAAGCGGAUGGUCCUCCUGGUGCGAUUUGUCUCGGAUCUUUAUCCAAUAUCAAUGCAAUACUCUCCAUGUCUUUAAUCGCGGAGCGCCCUAAACUACUGGAAAAUUUAUUCCCUGACCUUAAAGCACAAAACAAUUUCAAUAACGCCAGCGCUUACUCUGGGGCAUUUCGAGUCUGCUUUUGGAUAGACGGUGCAUGUACUUUUGUAGUUGUGGAUGAUUUACUGCCAAUGAUUAAUGGUAAAUUUAUUUGUCCCCACUCUUCCAAUCCAAAUGAAUUUUGGCCGUCCAUUCUUGCGAAAGCCUACGCCAAAUUGCUUGGAGGUUACGAUCGUCUGGAUAACUUGCGUCUUGAGGAUGCAUUACAGGAUCUCACAGGCUGUGUUCUUGAUGUUUUAACAUUUCAUGAUUUGUCAAGCAGUAAUGAACUUCACCGUAUUGAAAUGUUUGAGGCACUUGAACAGGCUUUAUCUGACGGUGCUAUUAUUCUUUUGUGUACCAAGAGUAACUUUAGUACUGACUCAGAAGAAGGUGCCCCAAAGGACAAGGAAAUCACUACAGCCGAUCAGGAUGAAGACUGUUUUGAUGUGAUGUGUGCACCAAGGCGUCUGGGCACGAUAGAUCAAGUUUCCGGACUCUGUUCAAACUAUGCGUACAUGCUAACAAAAACUUGCCUCGUACCACGGGAUCCCAGCGCCAUGGGAGCCGUGCUUUCGGCCCUCAGAAUUACCCAAGAUGCUCCCAAGGACCGUUUACUGCGCUUACGCUCGGUUCUCACAGUCCACUCCAAGGCAACAAGCUUUGGUGAAUGGAAAGGUGCCUACUCGGAGGGUUCUCAGGAGUGGGAGGACCUGAGUGUCCGCGACCGAUCCCGCAUUGGUCUGGUGGUCUCCACAGAGGCAGAGUUUUGGAUACCGCUCUCAGCGAUGGUGAAGUACUUCACGGGCGCCAUUAUAGCUCGUCUACCCAAGACGGGUCCUUUCGGGUCCUGGACCCUGGCCGGCUACAAUGGCAUCUGGCGUGCCGAGAAUAGUGGUGGCGGUCUGGAGUUUCGCAGCUCCUUCCUUCAAAAUCCACAGUACAUGUUCGAAAUGACCAAAGACACUCCCGAGGAGGUGCUGGUUUCGUUGAAUCGGAAGUACACCUGGGAUUUGAAGGGACAGACCAUUAUUGAGGAGACCUCGCCUCCCGCGAUUGGCUUUGCUCUGCUCGAAGUGGAGAGCAACAGAGACGUGCGGGCGCACUUGUUGUCGAUGUGUACCGUGGUGGGCGUGCACGCAGCGAAGAGGCACCGUGCGGUGUUUGGCCGCUACUCCUUGGCUCGGGGACGCUACACCCUGGUGCCCUUCCUGCAGGAACCCCAGCAGGAGGCCGACUACUAUCUCCGCAUUUUCCUGCCUCGCAAUCUCCUCAAUAAGGAGCUAGUCUAUGACCAGCCUCAGCGAGGUGUCUUCGCCAUCUUCACAGGCACCCCAGUGAUAAUCACGCGGGUUAGAUUGUUAUAUGGGGCCAAUCUAGCCAGCCUCAAGCUUCGAAGCUUUGGCUCGACUUCCUCCUCCUCUCCCUACUGCCGAAUUAGCUGCGAGGGGAGCAGCUGUAAUAGUCGUGUGGUGCGGAACAAUAACAAUCCUGUGUGGAACGAAGCCUUCAUUUUCUAUCGUGCCAAGCCCAAUAAGCAACCCAUCAAAAUUGAGGUCUUUGACAAGCGAGCGAUUGGAGCGGAUGAGUUUCUCGGAGAGGGCAUAAUAAACGCACCCGAAUCAACGGGGAGCGGUGAUUUUGACAUAAAUCUCUACACUAAACCGAAAGAUGAGAACAAGGUGCGACUAAAAGGUACCAUCUCGGUAUCCCUGUAUACUGUGGAUAUGGAGAACUACAUGAACAUAUGA